AAACUCGCUGACCUGAAGAGCUGUGCAGCAGAAAUGCUAAUUUGUCGGCUCUCUUUUAAAUACAACUUAAUCUUGACCUCAAAACUCUCAGUUUCUGAUUGAAAAUGGUAUCUGCGGAGUCGCGAGGUCAGGGAGAAUGUAGCCUGAUAGUCUGGACUGCAGGGUUCAGAUCCUGGCUUUCGUUCUGAGAAAGCUCAGCUUUUCCAUUUGGACCACUGGCAGCUGCACGGUGACCACUUCACACCAUGUCACGUAACCAGGGCAGCAGCAGGCGUUGUGGAAAGAGUCCUGCCCGAGAGAUGAGAGAUGAGGGUCUUCUCCUGGAUCUUUUGUUGGGUAGGAGUGGGGAAGCAAUUUCUCCACCCAUGACCUCAAGUUUCCUCACUGUAUAUACAUUGGGAGAGACUCAUCACUGGUUCUCAACCCAGGCUCCGCACUAGAUUCACCUUCUACAUACUUCUUUUCUUUUCCUUUCUUUUUUGAGUCAAGACCAUACUUGCUCAGAAAGAUCUGGCUGCCUUUAUUUUUUGAAUGGGGGGGUGGUGGUGAGAUCCCAAAACAAGUGGGCAACCUAAAUAUUGCAUCCUUCCUGUCACCCCCGUUUGCACCCUUAAAAAUCGGGAAACAAGCAUAUCGUCUUCCUGGUCUUGGCUCUAAGUCACCGCUCAGCCAAGCCUGCCUGUGACACCCCGCAGGGCAGCUUCUUUCUGGUACUUCUUGAAAACUGGGAAGGACCAACUCAGCUCUUCCUGGGAAGGAAGUGCUUCUGUGUCCUACCUUAAUGAAGCUGAGUGGCAGACAUGCCAGGGGUUAUGCAGACCCACCUGAGGGCGGAAUUGGUGCUGAGUCUUUUCACAGGAAUAUUUUUGAACAAUUACAUGGAUGGUGCCGAGGUUGGUCUUCUUGUUGUUCUUCUCUGACUUUUAAAUUAAGAUAUACUUUUAUUGGCUUAUAACAUACAUCCUUUUCUUGAUGUUGCUGCACAUUUCUGUUUGGAAAAACAAAAUCUAUUUCCCAGUGGCUCAGUUUCCCCACACAGAGGAUAAUUCUUAAAAUUCGUGGCCAAAAGGAUUUUUAUGACUUCUAAAAAAGGAGAAAAACCAAAAGCUGUUUCCUUUCUUGAAGCCAAACUCUUCCAAUCCUUUGAAUAUUAUAAAUCGUUCCAUGGAUACUAUGCUUCAUUGAUCUGUCAUAUGGGAAGCUAGAAUUAUCAGCUUAAAAACUCAGAUUUUUAUAAAUACCUGCGAUCCUCAUCACUAGUUCUACAGCUCUUCUCAACAACUAGGAUCAAGGGACAGAAGAGAUGCAUGAAGUCCAUGGCUUAACAUUUCCUGGCUUGUUUUCCCAGGUCAUCCUGCUCCCAGACCUUCCCUCAGCAUUGGCUCCACUGCUCAGUUUUCUCUUACCAUAUGCUAAACUUUAGGUCUGGGGAGAGGAUGAUCAGAUGAGGUGGUCACUUUGCUUCUCAGUGAUGACAACCCCCACCGUAUCCUCCUCGGCUUUGGGUAGAGCCGCUGUACUGUAUGACAGAAUGUGCCAGCAGUAACAUCCAGUCUGAGAUCCUCACAGCACUGGGAGCCCUUUGGCCAUCCCAGAGAUUCAUUGUCAGGGCAGAACCAAGAAUAGAUGAGUUUUCGAUUGUAGGCCUUAGUCUAUGCAAACGUGCCAGGAACACAGCAAGGAAGAAUGAACUCAGAGAUGACUGAAGUGCAGCCUACAUAUGAAUAUUUAAACAUUUAUGCAUAGAAAGGCGCUAUCAGCAGAGUGAAAAUGCAACUGAGAUAGUGGGAGGAGAUAUUUGCAAGUCAUAUCUGGUGAGGGAUUAGCAUCCAUAAUACACAGAGAACUCCUAGAACUUAAUGACAUGAAUACAAACAACCUAUUUAAAAAUGGACAAAAGACUUGAAUAGACAUUUCCCCAAGGAAGAUAUACAGAUAACUAAUAAGCCUCUGAGGAGUUGCUUAACAACACUAACCAUUAAGGAAAUAUGAGUAGAAACCAAAAUGGGGAGCUACCGCACACCUGUUAGGGUGAGUACUAUCAAAAAAACAGAAAAUAAUAAAUGUCAGAGAUAAUGUGGAGAAAUUGGAACACUGUGUGCUGUUGAUGGGAAUGUAAAAAGAUACGCCACUGCGGAGACACUGAAGAUAAGAGAGGAAGUGGAAGAAUGUGCAUGAAAAAAGAGGAGUGGGCCAGAAGAGAGGCACUGGAGAAAGAACAGGAGCUUCUACGGCAUUAGUUUAAUGAGCUGUGACAAAAGUUGGAGGACCAAGAGUCUCUGAGUGCUUGAUUAACAGCUAAAAUGACAGAGGAGAUAAGAGAAAGAGAAAAGACCUCAGCAGAAGAGCUGGACAGAAGAGCGGUGCCUGUUUUUUCCGGGAUGGAAAAUGAGCCUCCUGAGCAAACAGUUAAAGAAUUGCAGCAAAUAUUGGAAAACCAAAAAAUAGCCUUCAUGAAAUUUGUAUUCAAAAUAAUAGGAGAUACAAGAGAGAGAGAGAAACUUCUGAGGGAGAUGAAUGAGAAGAUUGAGUGGCUCAAGGCCUCAGUGAUGAUAACAGAUGAACACCAAGAACGCUGCAUGAAGGAAGGUGACCUCCUUUGUGAUACAGGGAAGACCUCAGCAGCAGAGUGGGCCAGAAGAGAGGCAGCUGACAGGGAAAAGGAGCCUCUUGAACAAAAGGUUAAGUUGCUGCAGCAAAAGCUGGAUAAGGAAGAAGUAGCCUUUGAGGAAUUCAGAGUCAGAAUGACAGAGGAGAUACGAGAGUGUGAUGAUCUUCUGAGAAAGGUGGACCAGAGUAUUAAGGAGCUGGAGGCCUCCGUUAUGAUAACAGAUGAACAAGAAGAAUGCUGCAUGAAGAAAAGUGAGCUCCUUUGUGAUGCAGGGAAGACCUCAGCAGGAGCAGAAGAGUGGACCAGAAGAGUGGCAGCUGAGAAGGUUAUGGAGUGUCUUGAACAGAAGUACACAGAGCUCUGGCAAAAGUUGGAGGACCAAGAAAGAGUCCGAGAAGGACUUAUAGCCAUUAUGAAACAGGAGAUAAUAGAAAGAGAAAAGUCCUCAGCAGCAGAAGAGUGGGCCAGAAGAGCGGUUUCUGUGUGUCUCAAGAGAGAAAAGGUGCCGCUAGUGCAAAAGGUUAAAGAAUUGCAGCGAAAGUUGCACAAGCAGAAAAGAGCCUUCAGGAGGUUUAGAGCUCAAGUGACAGAGCAGAUAAUAGAAAGAGACAGACUUCAGAGGAAGAUGAAUAAGAGGAUUGAGAGUCUCCAGGCCUUAUUGAUAUUAAUAAAGCGACGAGAGAAAUGCUGCAUAAAGAAAGAUGAGCUCUGUUGUGUUGCAGUAAAGACCUUAGCAGCAGAGUGGGACCUAAGUGAGGCAGCUGAGGGAGGAAAGGUGGAUCUUGAACAAAAAGUUAAAGAACUGCAGCAAAUAUUGGAAGACCAAGAAAGAGCGUUUGAGUUUUACAGAGUCAUAAUUUCAGAAGAGAUCCAAGAAAUCGAUGACCUUCUCAGAAAGAUAAAUGAGACUAUUGAAUUGCUCGAGGCCACAGUAAACAACGAAAAUGAUCGGAUAAUGAGCAAAAUGCUGAAAAUGACUGCACGUCCUAGAUAGAAGAAGACAGUGAGGAAGAAAGUACUUCACUGCCUUUUGUUUUGAUCUUGGAUUUGGGAGAAGAGAAACCAUGUGUGGUCACUAAUUACCCAGUUUUUCUCUUGUUUUCAAUUCUGGCAGUUUUACAACUUUUUAUAACAGCUUUUUGACCUGACCUAUUUUUAUUUGUGUGUACACUUUCUCUUUUUUUAAAUCAAAUUUUUGUAGAAAAAUAGAAAAAUCACCUAAUAUAGGACAUCAGUGCCUGGCAAACAAAUGAUAGAAUUAAUGUGGCUGGAAAGUUGAUUUAGAUGGAAAUGGAAACAACUGAGUAGAAAAGAAAGAGAUGCUCAGAUUCGUGAUAUAUUUUUAAAAAGCCCAAUAUUGGAAUAUACUUACUAAGAAAUGCUGCUGCAAAUCACAUAUGAAUAGUUAUAGAAAUAGGUGUGUACACUGUGUUCUUGAGAGGAAAGAACCAGUUCCGCCUAUAAAAUAACUGUCUCUUAGUUCACGUGUAAAUUUUAUGUGUUCCAAGUUAAAAUUUCACAAAGACUGUUUCUAAAUUUUAAAUGAAGCUGAUCAAAAAAAAAUAUUAAAAA